AUCAACUUUUAUCACCUACCAACUCGCAGUUACAUGCUUGGUCAAAGUGUAGCAUUUUUCAAAUCGGCAAGCUGACUCAGUGUGUAACAGUGACUAGCUUUUAUUUGUUCAAUUGACUUUGAUUUUUACAGUCAGGAGACUCACCAUGGCAGAUCAGCUGAGCCCGGAUGAGAAGUUUGGCCUCAUCACUAGAAACCUCCAGGAGGUUCUGGGAGAAGAAAAGGUGAAACAAGUUCUUCAGGAGAGAGCCCUGAGGGUGUACUGGGGAACAGCCACCACGGGAAAACCUCACGUUGCAUACUUUGUCCCCAUGUCCAAGAUAGCAGACUUCCUCAAGGCUGGAUGUGAGGUCACUAUUCUGUUUGCAGACUUGCAUGCCUACUUAGACAACAUGAAGGCCCCCUGGGAGCUGCUGGAGCUCAGGGUUCAGUACUAUGAGAACAUCAUUAAAGCCAUGUUGGAAAGCAUUGGUGUGCCUCUGGACAAACUCAAGUUUGUCAAAGGAACAGACUACCAGCUCAGCAGAGAGUAUACUCUGGAUGUGUACCGGAUGUCCUCUGUGAUGACGGAGCACGAUGCUAAGAAGGCUGGAGCUGAGGUUGUCAAACAGGUGGAGCAUCCUCUGCUGAGUGGUCUGCUCUACCCGGGACUACAGGCUCUGGAUGAGGAGUACCUCAAAGUGGAUGCCCAGUUUGGAGGAGUUGACCAAAGGAAGAUUUUCACUCUGGCAGAGAAGUACUUGCCGACUCUUGGAUAUUCCAAGCGAGCCCACCUCAUGAACCCCAUGGUACCAGGACUGACAGGGACCAAGAUGAGCUCUUCAGAAGAAGAGUCAAAAAUUGAUUUAUUGGACUCCAGAGAAGAUGUGAAGAAGAAGCUAAAGAAGGCUUUCUGUGAGCCGGGCAACGUGGAGAACAAUGGCGUCCUCUCUUUUGUCAAAUUUGUGCUCUUUCCUUUACAUGGAGGUUUCUGCAUCAAAAGAGACCCCAAUUGGGGUGGAGAUAAGGUCUACACUACAUAUGAAGAGGUGGAGAAGGACUUUUCUGAUGAGAUGAUCCACCCAGGAGACCUGAAAGCGUCGGUGGAAGCAGCACUAAACAAACUGAUGGAGCCAAUCAGAAAGAAGUUUGAGUCUCCUGUGCUCCGUAAACUGACUAACUCCGCCUACCCUGACCCCACAAAGACCAAAGCAGCAGGAAAGGGAGCCAAGGCAGGAGGAGGGGGCACUGGUGGAGGAGACAACGAUCAGCUGGUUCCUUCCAGACUGGACCUCAGAGUGGGCAAGGUCAUCAGCGUGGACAAGCAUCCAGAUGCUGAUUCACUGUACCUGGAGAAGAUUGAUGUGGGAGAGGCGGAGCCACGGACAGUCGUUAGCGGGCUAGUGGCUUAUGUUUCCCAGGAGGACUUGCAGGACAGAAUGGUGUUGUUGCUGUGCAAUCUCAAACCCCAGAAGAUGCGAGGAAUUGAGUCUCAAGCCAUGCUGCUGUGUGCAUCCAUUGAAGGAGAUCCCAGAAGGGUGGAGCCUUUAGACCCUCCAGAGGGAUCCUCACCUGGGGACCGGGUUUUUGUUGCGGGAUAUGAGACAGGCAAACCAGAUGAGAAACUGAACCCAAAGAAGAAGGUGUGGGAGAAACUACAGGUCGACCUGAAGAUAUCAGACGAGUGCGUCGCUCAGUGGAAAGACAAUCAUUUGAUGACCAAACUUGGACAGAUCACAUGUAAAACACUAAAAGGCGGCAACAUCAGUUAGAUACACAAAAUACAGUCGCAUCACAAACAGCUUGCCGGCAAAGACCAUAUAUUCAUCAUCACUUGCCAUGAGAAGAAAGGUCAAAGUUAAGCAGUUUCCUGAGUGGACAUCAGUGCCAAACAUCUCUGAUGGUUUGAACUGGUUUAUACAAAUCAUCCUACAUUGCUUGGCCUGUCAUGGAAAUGUAUAACAUUCAUUAAUUAUAAGAUGAACUGAUAACAAAAAGUCUGGAACUCGUUAAACUCUGAUUAGAAUGUCACGUGAUCCACUGUGAUUCAUUACUGCUGCUCUCCACCUAAUGCUGCUUCCUUUUGUCAGUAAUUUUACAGUGUUGGAGCUGCACUUAAAUCCCCAAAUACAAUGUGACAGAUUUAGCGUGAAGAAGAAUAAUAAUAAAAAUUGGGUGCUUUUUGCAUUAAGGACUGAUUACUGUGUCUGGAAAGAAAUAUUUCAUGUGACCAGAAAGAGGGUAUUUAUUAUGACGCCUAAAUAGAUUCUUGUAAUUUCAUUGUAUGUUCAGCAGUGUGUCAGCUGAGCUGUCUACCGCCCGGAGUGCUCUGCUCUAUCCUGCUGCCCUCUGAUUCCUUCUCCAAGAAGAAACACCUCUCUAAAUAUAAGUAAAAAGCUGACAACAUAAAUAAAAUGAUGCAGAUAUAUUUAGGUGUCAUAUAAAACAAAUAAUGAAUGUUUUCCAUUUGUGCAAUAGAAAUAUCUUUAUUUCUGGACUCAUGGAAGCAUUCUCACCAUUGCACUCAAAACGUUCAUUAUUUGUAUGCUAUUUUAAAAAUAUUUUGUGGUAAAAGUUGGAACACUGAUCAAUCAGCCAAAUUGAACAAAAAAUGAUUUUAUGUGUUUCUGCAGAAUUCCUUUUGUUUUUGGAACAGAAUAGUUAAAGGAAUCUAGAUUUACCUCUGAGACAGGAUGGAGAUAAGAUUGUCUGCAUGAACAAUAUCUCAAAGAGCAGAAAGUGUUUUUUAAUGAAAUGUUGGGAGAUAGUUACAUUUAAGUUUUGAUCCAAAUCUGCUUGAUAAUUUUGAAUUUUUCCUCUUGAACACUGGCCUAUUGAUGUUACAAUGAUCUGAUGGAGAUAAAAGAAUUCUGACUGUCCUUUUGGGUGGUUGCCGGUGGUAACGGUACCUGGUGGAGAUCUCUGCUUUCUGUCUGUAUUUCAAACAAUGCAUUAUGUCUAAUAAAAACAUAAAUGUA